UUCAAAUGCCAUGUGGUUCUUAGUUUUAAAGAAAAAAAAAAAAAUAAAUAAAAGAACUUCUUGGUUCCAACAAAAUAAUAAUUUAACUACAAAAUAUGAGUUUUGAAGCCAUAGAAAAGAUUAGUGAAUUUAAAGUUUUAAAGCUUAGAUUUUCAGAAAGCGACGACGAAAAAGAUGCACACGAAAUCUUUCUUAAAAAGUAUAGGUCUGAGAAAAAGUCGUCAAGUAAACCAUCUGCAAAAACAUUGCUUGUCCUUAAUAUUCCACCGUAUGCUACAAAAGACUCGCUCUUAAAUGUAUUUAAAUCUGUUGGAGAUGUCGAGAAUAUAACAUUAAUUGAUGAUUACAGCAAUGAGCAUAAAACAAAAUAUAACGUUCCUUCAAAGUUUUUUAAUGACACAGUUCCAUUUAAAUUUUUAAUUGGAUUUAUUGUGUUUAAAAAAUCAAGUUCAUUGGAUGCAAUUUUCUCGUUAACUGAACUUCCACCAAUGGCUGAAACACUAACUGGAAUCGAAAAAUGGACUGACGAACAUAAUAAAAAAAUUGUCAACUAUAAUGAUAUGCAGUUAGAAAUUGAAGAAUAUAUGAAGCAUUUUGACAAAUUAUUAGAAGCUGAAAAAAAUCAGGAUAAUACAGAUGCCGACGAAGAUGGAUGGAUACAAGUGGGUAAAAAAAGUGGUGGAUUUAAGCAAAGCGAAACUGUCGUUCAUCGAUUAGAAGAGAAGAUGCAAAAUCAGAGAAAAAAGGCCAAAAGGAAUCUUCAACAAAUAUCUGGAAUCUAUGCGUUUGAAGCUCGUGAGAAUAAAAAGCAGGAACUUAUAGAAUUAAGGAAGAAGUUUGAAGACGAUAAAUCAAAGUUGCAAGCAAUGAGACAAAACCGAAAAUUUAAACCUUAUUGAACUUAAUAAACUUUAUUGUGUAUUGUUUAAAGCAAA